CAAAUUUGGCAAAUGCAGUCCCAGUGCUACCAAAACUAGGUGAAGUUUCAUUCCCUCUCAAUCGCUCUCGCUCUCGUCGCAGAAUUCUAACCCAGAACUCAAAAGCCCCAACAUCGCAAGCCCCUAAACCAUAGCGAUUUGGUGAAAGAUCGCAAAUUUUGAAGGGGGAUCGAGAGAAGGGGAUGGAGAUCGAGGAGAAACAGCAGCAUCAGUGUUGUUCUUCGGAGGAUGGGAGGGAGAGCAACGACUACACAUCGGAGGACGAAGGGACGGAGGACUACAGGAGGGGAGGGUACCACGCGGUCCGAAUCGGCGACGCCUUCAAGAACUGCCGCUACGUCGUCCAGAGCAAGCUCGGCUGGGGCCACUUCUCAACCGUCUGGCUCGCCUGGGAUACCCAUUUCUCUCGAUUUGUAGCUCUGAAAGUGCAAAAGAGUGCCCAGCAUUAUACUGAGGCGGCCAUGGAUGAGAUAACCAUCCUGCAACAGAUUGCUGAGAGCGACCCUGAUGAUAAAAAAUGUGUAGUGAAGCUCUUGGAUCAUUUCAAGCAUUCGGGUCCCAAUGGGCGGCAUGUUUGUAUGGUAUUUGAGUACUUGGGGGAUAAUCUUUUGACCCUUAUCAAGUAUGCGGAUUACCGGGGUAUGCCCAUUAAUAGGGUGAAGGAGAUCUGUUUUCAUAUUUUGGUGGGGUUGGAUUACUUGCACAAACAACUUUCCAUUAUACACACUGAUUUGAAACCAGAAAAUAUUUUGCUAAUGUCCAUGAUCGACCCUGCUAAGGAUCCCAGAAGGUCAGGUGCUGCUCUCGUUCCUCCAAAUAGCAAGGAUAAGGCUGCAGUAGAGUAUGGGGCUAUAAAGGAUAACGAGACCGUAAACGGGGAUUUGACCAGGAACCAGAAGAAAAAGAUCCGAAGAAAGACAAAGAGAGCAGCUCAGGAGUGUGCGGAGAAGGAAGUCUCUGCGGAAACUGAGGCAGAUCCAGAAUCAUCCGGUGCUGUGGAGUCUUCUCCUAAUUCGAAGUUGAAUGUGGGUUGUGGAGAAGACCAACCUACUAGUUCUGUUAAUAGAUUGUCAGAUGCUGACGUAACAAAGGGUACGGGGCAAGAAAAGCACUGUGGUAAGAAAGGAGACCGCUUCAAUAGGCAGAAGCUGUUGGCAUCAGUUGACCUCAAGUGCAAGUUGGUCGAUUUUGGGAAUGCAUGUUGGACGUACAAGCAGUUCACGAAUGAUAUUCAGACAAGACAGUAUAGGUGUCCAGAGGUGAUCCUUGGAUCCAAAUAUUCUACUUCAGCCGAUCUAUGGUCCUUUGCUUGCAUUUGUUUCGAGCUUGCAACUGGUGAUGUGCUCUUUGAUCCUCAUAGUGGCGACAACUUUGAUAGGGAUGAGGAUCACAUGGCUUUAAUGAUGGAGCUUCUUGGAAUGAUGCCCCGAAAGAUUGCCUUAGGUGGCCGCUAUUCGCGGGAUUUCUUUAAUAGAUAUGGCGAUCUGAGACACAUUCGCAGGUUGCGUUUCUGGCCCUUGAACAAAGUUCUCAUCGAGAAGUACGAUUUCAGUGAGCAAGAUGCAAAUGACAUGACUAGUUUCCUGGUUCCAAUCCUCGACUUUGUCCCUGAGAAGCGGCCCACUGCAGGUCAAUGCCUUCUUCAUCCAUGGAUUGAUGCAGGACCUCGUCUUUUGGAGCCAUCUAUGUCCUCUAAUCAAAACCAAGCGGUGGACAGUGUCAUUUCUGAAAAAAAGUGGGAGAAGGAUGAGAGGGAAGCAAUGGAGGCUGGAAUGGGGAAUAUUGUCAUCAAUUCAGAAUCUAAACCUGUCAAAGAUUUUCCAGCUAGUGGUAAACCUUCCGAGGGAGCCAGUAGUAGUUCAUCUAGCAUUUGGUUCUGAUGUGUCGAAGAAGUUUGGGCGAAGCAAUAGCUUGAACAAAGUACAUUCAAUGAUUCCGCGGAAACUCUCUUUCAAACAUAAUAGCAUGGUCACAGCUAACUUGUUCAUGAAUAUUGUUAAGUUGAAUCAUUUCAAUUUGAUAUUAAAACCAUUGAUACAUUGCUUAAGUUCUAUAGAUUAUCCCGAGCAGAUUACUGAGUGGAUUGCAUUAUCUGCAUGACGAGGAGCCGUCUUUAAAGUUGUUGGAGGUAUCUUAAGUUUUGUGAUGGUUUGGCGCCCGUCUUGGACCAAUGUACUUGCCGGAUUUGAGGUAAGUAUGAUCUUUCCCGGUGCACUGGACUCAUGAUGGAGUUUCUUAGAACCUUCCUGUGUAAAUGAUAAUUGUUCUUUAUGCGUUAAUUAAGCAAUGUACGUUCUCCUAGUAAAUUAAGCCAUGUUCUCUCAUAUUUCAUACCACA